AUGCUCUGCACCUCCGUCGCCGGGCACCUGAUGGACGACGAGUUCCCGCCACAGACGCGGAACUGGUCGAGCUACCCGCUACCCGGCCUCUUUACAGCGACCAUCACGAAGCGCGUGAAGCCGGACCAGGAGCCGGUGAAGAAGAACAUUGAGGCGCUCGCUAGGCGUGCCACGACGCUGGUGCUGUGGAUGGACUGCGACCGCGAAGGGGAGAGUAUCUGCUUCGAGGUGAUGCGGGUGGCGCAAGGCAUCAACAGCCGUAUGGACGUCUGCCGGGCGCACUUCUCGGCGCUGACGAAGCGGGACCUGUUCGCGGCGAUGCGGAGCCUCAAGGCCCCGAACAAGGCGCUCUCCGACGCGGUGGAGGCACGACAGGAGAUUGACCUGCGCAUUGGCGCCGUGUUUUCGCGCUUCCAGACCAUCAAGUUCCGCGACUCCUUCAGCGGGAUGCCGCGUGUGCUGAGCUUCGGCCCGUGCCAGAUCCCAACGCUGGGCUUCGUCGUGCGCCGCCACUGGGAGCAGCAGGGGUUUGUGCCGGAGGACUACUUCACGCUGCUGCUGCGUCACGAGCAGACUGUCUUCCAGAGCUGCCGCGGCGCCGUGUUUGACCAGAUCGCGGCUACUCUGGUGCUCGAUACGAUGCUGGCAGCAGCAGGUCCCAGUCUCGAGGCGCACGUCGUGGAAGUGACGCAGCGGCCAAACAAGCGGCGCCCGCCCGUCCCGCUCGCCACCGUCGCACUUCAGAAGUUGGCCGCCACGCACUUGCGCAUCUCAUCGGAGAAGUGCAUGACGUGGGCGGAGUCGCUGUACCAGGAGGGCUACGUGUCGUACCCGCGCACCGAGACGGACUCCUUCUCCUUCACAGAUGAUGAGCUGCUCGAGAUUGCAGCGGGGCAGCGCGGCAACCCGGACGUCGCUGAUUACGUGGGUGCGAUACUGAGUGACCCGACGCAAAAGUUCCGUCGCCCGCUGAAAGGCGGCCACGACGACAAGGCGCAUCCACCCAUUUACCCGACGAAACUGAUGCGGGGCGGGAAUGAUGAGAGGAGCGCGCUCUACAACCUCAUCGUGCGUCAUUUUCUCGCGUGUAUCUCACCCGACGCGGUGGCCGCCACGACGGCUGUCACCGCAGUGCUUGGCGGCGAGAAGUUCACCACAUCCGGCACGACAAUCCUUGAGCGCGGCUGGCUGGAGAUAUACCCCUACGAGCGAUGGCAUGACACGUGCUUGCCGGUGUACCAGCAAGGGGAGCGCUUCGUCCCGACUGACGUCAGUCUCGAGAAACACCGCACGGCACCCCCGCCCAACCUCACUGAGGCAAAUCUCAUUACACUGAUGGACGAGCACGGCAUUGGCACCGAUGCCACCAUUGCGCAACACAUCAAGACCGUGCUCGAUAGGGAGUACGUCAAGCGUGAGGGGUCGUCACUGGUCUCCACGGCCCUCGGCAUCGCGUUGGCUUCUGCUUACGAGGUGAUUGGGCUCCUAUGCCUCCUGCAGCCGCAGUUGCGCGCACAGAUGGAGCUCGCCAUGGGCGACAUUGCAAGUGGAAAGGCCACGAAGAAUCAGGUGGUGGAGGCGGCGGUGCAGCUCUACCGAGAAGUCUUUCAUAAGUUGUCCUCCAGCAGCCAAGAGAUGUAUGAAGAGUUGUGCCGCCAUCUCUCUCCAGUUUCGGCACGAUCAUCGCUGCCGUGCACCUACGGCGCCGGCCGUGUUGUGCGGCGAGACGUGGUGCGGUGCGGUGUGUGCCACAACCUCAUGGACGUGGUCGAGCACAAGGAGGGUGAGCGAGAGGUGUGGUUCACACGCUGCUCCACAUGUGCCAGCGAUCACCGUGUGCCGAACGGCCGGCUCAACCAACUGGAAGCACAUGACCAGUGCUGUGUGCUGUGCGGUUUUGGUGUUCUUAACGUGACGAAUUCAGAGAAACAGACAUCCUACACGGUGUGCCCGAAAUGCUUCACGUCACCGCCUUCUGGUGCGGACAUCGAGUCCCUCACAGGAUUUCGCUGCUACCAGUGCGUCGCAGAUUGCCCGCUGGCGAAGGGCCUUGAGAAUGUGGCCAUCAAGCAGUGCAUGUCGUGCAUGGAGCACGACAUUCGCUUGCGCACGAAUGCGACGGGGUCUUUCUUGGGGUGCCGUGGCUUUCCUACGUGCACGCUCUCCGUCACGCUUCCGCGAGCGAGAAAAGUCCGCCCCGUGCCUGCGAUGCGCUGCGCGUUGUGCCAGGCCGUCAUGCUCCAGUUUGAAUUCGGCGGGAUGCAGAGUGUCCCUGGGAUAGAGGAGGGGGAAUGCGUCUGUGUGUUCUGCGAUGCCCGCGUGGCCGAUUACAUCACACUGAAGGGGGGCAAUCCGCGGGGAGCAGUUCCCAGUGCGGGCCGUGAACGAGAAGAACGCCAACCACUACCACCACCACCACCGCAACAACGACAGCAAGAGCAACGGACACCAUACACCCUUCCGUCGGUGAGCAGAGUAAAGGCCUCUGGCCGAAAGCCUACUUCGACGGGUAACACCACAGGCGUGAUGUGUGAGUGUGGCGUGCCGGCGAAGCAGCUGGUGUCCCGCAAGGAGGCCUCCAAGGGGAAACGAUUUCUCACGUGUGGCGGUCGGAAGUGCUCUUUUUUUCAAUGGCUCGAUUAA